CAAUUUGAACUUUAACCUGCAAUGGUAUGCCAUCUGCAAUUUUCGACCAAUCAGAAACGGGGUUUUCCGGUUUGUGUGUACAUGUGAUAUUGGCAAGUUCACGAGGAGGUUUUAGCGAAUGAUUGAAAAAUAAAGAAAAAUAAUUAAAAAUAGAAGGAGACUUUAAUCGGAAAAAACAGUGUUACCAGAUUUUCAAGCGUGAAUUGAACUAUGUACACUGAAGUGUUUCUUCCACAAGAGUUUCCAUAAUGUAAUCCAUUCACUACAUGUGUCCAUAAGCCAUGGCUCAAUCUACUAGGGGGCGGCAAGACUCUGGGGAACAUCAAUAUGAAGAAGUAUCGUUGAUCGGGAAAGGUGCAUAUGGGAUAGUGUACAAAGGUCGCGACCUUAAAAAUGAAGGUCAGUUUGUAGCGAUGAAGAUGAUUCGGAUUCAGAACACAGAGGAGGGCAUGCCGAUGAGUGCUAUCCGAGAAAUAGCUUUGUUGAAACAACUUGAGGCCUAUGAGCAUCCAAAUAUAGUCCGGUUGUUAGAUGUAAGGCACACUCAGUCAUUGGGUGGUGAGAUACAGUUAAAGCUUGUGUUUGAAUUUAUUGAUCAGGAUCUAACAACUUACCUGGAAAAAUGUCCGUCUCCGGGUCUUGGACCUGACAAAAUCAAAGACCUGAUGUUCCAGUUGUUGAGUGGUGUUGAUUUCUUGCAUUCCAACAGAAUUGUUCACCGUGACCUAAAACCACAAAAUGUUCUGAUAUCAUUUGAUGGUCAGUUAAAAUUAGCCGACUUUGGUCUGGCAAGAGUAUAUGGCUUCCAGAUGGCGCUAACACAAGUGGUAGUAACAUUAUGGUACAGGGCACCAGAGGUGAUCCUACAAGCACAGUAUGCCACCCCGGUUGACAUAUGGAGCUGUGGUUGUAUAUUUGCUGAACUCUUCAAUAGAAGACCAUUGUUUUGUGGAGAGUCUGAUAUUGACCAGCUUAUAAAAAUAUUUGAGGUCAGGGGUCGACCAAUAGAAUCUGAUUGGCCACAGAGUGUAUCGCUGCCAUGGAGUUCAUUUCAAGCAUUUCCACCUCGCUCUGUCUCCAGUUAUAUACCAGAAAUAGAUCCAGAUGGCAUGGACUUAUUUGAGAAAUUGCUCAUGUUUAACCCUCAUCGAAGAAUAAGUGCCAGUGACGCUUUGCGACACAAAUAUUUCAAAGACUGUGAUAUUGAUAGUGUUAGAACAACAAGUUCCUUAUCCCCAACUUCCACCUCAGAAAGUGACAGUACAGACGGACGAUCUGAUACACCAGUCAGUAAAUGAAUUGUUGUACAGGAAAUGGUAAAGUGCACUGCGGUAUAAAUUGGUUAUUGUACAGAAAAGUAAAUGGGUCAGAUUAUAUGACUUUUACAGUCUGCGUAACUUGUUUGAUGCCACCUGAAUGAGUAAACACGUGUAUGUUUAUAGAAUCGAAAGCAGUUGGACUGUGAAUUGUAGCAUACGUGUAAUCAGGUAAUAUAGUACAUGUAUGCUUGGUACAAUUGUCAAAAAAAUAACACAAGUAUUUGAGAGUAAAACAGAUGUGUAAAGCUUUAAUUAUCGUAGUGUGUGUAUUGUUUGUGCUGUUUAUGAAGACGUUGCAAAAAUGUGGUGCAGAAAUAUUUUCGGUAGGAAAAAAUGCUAUAGUUCAUAGUAGCAUUGGUCUAUCUAAGAUGAGAGUUGAAGAUAAAUAGGAGAAGGUGAUAGUUAUGUUCAAUGUUUAGUGUAUGAACUAUUGUUGCGACUUUACCACUAUGUGUAAGAUGGUGUUUGAAGGAACGGUCCAAGAAUUUCUUGAUUGGUAGCAGCAGACGACACCGGAAAUAUGGCUUGUAAACGUUAUUACUUACGUAUAGUAGAUUUGCUGUAUACCGGUGGUGUAAAGUUGUAUUGAAAAGAAUGCAAUGUGGUAUAUUUUGGACCUGUGUAUAGACAACAUAUAGGAGUGUUUUUGAAGAAAAUGUGGAAGGACAGUGCUUUCUACUGUUAUAGCCUAGAAUUUAACUCACAUUGGUGCAAAGUGUAUAUAAUGUUAUUAUUUGUGACUGGGUUUGAAAAUAUGUUUUCUUUACAAAUUAAAUAGACUGUGCAUCAGAAAGAAUAGCAAUAAACAUGUACAUUGGUAUGAGGUGCCUUAGCAGACUGGUAUACUAAUAAGUGUGUUUUCAGGAGGAUAGCUGUUAAGUGAAACAUGUAUGUAAAUGUUUUUAAAUUAGAGAUAGAAGACCAGUCUGAAGCCCAUGCGUCUGAUUGGUUGAUUCUGAGCAUGAUUUUUGAAUCAGCCAAUAGAAAUGAUUUAUUAAAUAGACUGGUUUCACAGUUUAUUCUCAAAAUGUAUAUUACUGAGUCCUAACUAACUAUAAACACAUGAUCAUUCUGGCAGUAGAAACCUGCUCUGGUAAUUGUGAAUGCCUUUCAUUUAUGCAAAUUAUGUUUACAAUAGAUAUUUUUUAACAAAAUAUUUGUAUAAGUCUCAAAAUACCAGGUUAAAAACCCUUUUUUAUCUGUUGAAAGUCUUGCAAAGCAACAUGUGUUACUUCAGUUUUAUGAUUGAAAGAAGAUAUCUUUGAAGAUAUUGAAAGAUCUCAUAACUGGCAUUUUGUUCUAACCAUUUUUGCUUCUUUCAUUUCUUAAUGUAUUUUUUUCAUGUUUGAAAUUUAAGAAUCGCCAAUGUGACUUGAUUAGGCAUUUUGGCAGUUUUCCAUAUUUAACUAUUUUCAAUAUUACAGUUAUUAGGAUGAAUAGUUAAAAUAAGAUGUCAUAUGCAAAUUUUUAAAAUUCCCAUGCAUCUGAUUGGUUGAUUCUGAGCAUGAUUUUUGAAUCGGCCAAUAGAACUGAUUUAUUUGUAACUGGUCACAAAAAUGUAUAUAAGUAUGAUAUGUAUAUAGGAUGAAAAUUUGAAGUUUGUUAGCCAACAGUAUAGAUCUUGGUCAGACUGCAUGGAUGUGUAGGUCGCCCUUGUUCUAAACUGAUGGCAAAGAAGGUCACGGAAAAUUUGUCACAACAUUGGUCAAUUUUGAACUAACUCUAGCCCCUUGUUAUGUAAAGAUUUUGUUGGUUGCAUUGUUAGGUAAACAUUUUGUUUGUUGCAACAAGUUUCAAGAAGCAAUAUGUGUAUUACAUGUAUGUUUAUUUUAAACAUAGACCGCUUGAAAUGUCAGGAGAUUACUCUUACACUCUGGUAUUGUUGAUGUAUGAUAAAAUGAUGUCAUACAAUGUAAAAUGCAAGAAUUUAAAAUCUUUCUGUGAUAUCAUUGUUAUUAUUGGUGUAAUUGAAUGGAAUGGCAUGGUUUGUUGCGUAAACUGUUUCGCAGGUAUGUGGUGUUUUUUAUAUGAGGGCAGUUUUGCUCAGGGACCAAAUACUCAUUGUGAUAGUAAGGAUGUAGAUUAUUGAAAUGAAGGUAAAGGGAGGUAAUCAUUUGCAGGAAAAAACAGCUCAGGUUAUGUCAAGGAUGUAUUAUUAGACUUGUUUCUGGAUUUGGUAAAUGUGGUACACAUUUAUGGACUAUAGUGAUUGCAAAUGAAAAUGUUAAUGUUUUGAAGCAAGUUUGUUUUAUUUAUCUGUUUUACAGUCAGUUGUUGAGCUAGACUAAAAUAAUGUAUGGUUGUUUCUGGAACCAAUUUUUGCUACCUAUUGUUAUAAUUCCAGACACACCAUAGGUUAUGAAAUCCAUUGCUACAUGUGGAAAUGGAACUGAUGAAAAGGCAAAGCGACUAGUAAUGUAAACCAUUUUAACUUUUGUAUGGCAACUAGUAAUUUAAACCAUAUUUGACUUUUGUAUGGCAACUAGUAAUUUAAACCAUAUUUGACUUUUGUGUGGCGACUAGUAAUUUAAACCAUAUUUGACUUUUGUGUGGCGACUA